AUGGGCGCGGUCGAUCCCACAUACCCACUUUUCCCCGCUGCUAGCAUCUUAGCCGCCGUCAUGUUGUGGCUGGUGCUCUUGACCAGCUUUGUUCGUCAGAACUGGAAUCUCGGUCUGGUUCUUCUUUGCUUCUGGCUCAGUCUGCAAAACCUAGUCGUGGGGGUCGAUGCUAUCAUCUGGUCAGAUAAUGCCGAUAUCAAGUACUAUGUAUGGUGUGACAUUGCUUGCUUCCUGCAGAAUAUGGCCAUCGCAACUCAGCCCAUGACAACCUGUAUCAUCGCACGCCGACUAUACCUAAUCGCGAGUUUGAAAUCCAUAGAUCUUCCAAGCACGAAGCAGAAACGCUGGAACCAGGUCAUUGAGUGGACAGCUGGUGUCAUUAUACCAGUGUUGAAUGCGGGUCCACUUGGUUACCUUAUACAGACAAGCCGCUUCGACGUUAUCGAAGGCUACGGAUGUUCGAGCGAUAUCUCCGUCUCAAUACUCAUGAUCACACUGGGGAUCGCCUUCAACGUGAUUCCUCCUUUAGUCUCUACCGUGGUCUACUGUCCAAAAGUGAUGUGGACCUUCUACCGCCAACGCAGGGAUGUCAACCAGUUCUUGCACAGCAGCAACUCGAUAUCGCGCCAGAGCUAUUUUCGCGUAUUUGCCGUUGCCGUCCUUGACACCCUGUUCACGCUUCCAAUGGGAGUCGUCGCUAGUGUCUUCUCAAUCAUGCUGGCUCCCAGACCGUUACCUUUUUACUACGGCUGGAAAGAAACACAUUCAGACUGGCAACCAAGCAGUAUAUCUCACGCGGACGUUAUCUCUGGAGGAAGAUUCUCCGUCUUCGUCUACUACUGGUCGCUGUGGUCAGGAGUAAUCCUGUCGUUCUACAUCUUUGGUCUCUUCGGCCUCACGCCGGAAGCCCGUGCAUCCUAUCAGCGCAUCAUCUACAGCUUAGGAGUGCGGCUCGGUUGGAAGCCUGCCGAGCGUGUGCGGGAUGUAGGCCCGGAGCUGGAAGUGAUUGCCUUCGGCGAACCUGCCGGUAUGGGGGAGAUAACCCUGGGUUCAUGGACGAGCUUCGUUGAUGGUGAUCGCUGCUAUAUUGAGCACGAGCCUCAACACGUGGCUAUCCUAGAAAGCCCCCACAAGAACUCUACAGGCGAAGGAACACUCGUGGGUCUUUCUUUGGUCCAAACGACCGAGAAACUAGAAGAGUUCAAUGGUCCGGCCCUCUCAUUACCACCUUUCGCAUCGUCCGUGUAG